CAUACAGGAAGUCUUGAAACUUUUUGAACACAACGUGUUAAAGUUAUUCUCCUCUCUGUGGACACGUCCGCUUCUAGUUCAUUGUUUAAAGAUGGUGUUGGUCUGACAGGACUCGAGUUGCUACAGCGACAGUAAUUAUUCUGAGUUCGUAGAUAAACCGAGGAGGAGAGAGGAAGGUGGGUGUUUGCGUCAGGCUCGCCGUUAGUUGGCAAAGACCAGACAGCUUCAGCGUUUCUCUGACAGACGGCUGGCGGGAGGACACCCUGCCUCAGCUUUAAAAUGUGGGAACAGGAUGAAUUUGCUAAACACUGGAGGAACGAGUUUCCUGAAGGAGAUGCCCCCCAAAUGGACCUAAACUCUAUAGAGGACAUCGAGACAGAGCUGGAAAAAUCAAAGUCCAAACUGAAGAGGCUCCAGAACGAGUUGGCGGAGGAGAAAUUCAAGGUGGUUUACCUGAAGACCACCAUGGAGAGACAGAAGAAGCCUCUCCUGGAGAGAGUUGAGGACAAGAACGAAAACUGUAACGCUGACAUACUUGGCUCGUUUAAGCCGCUGAGACGGGAACAUGAAGGCACCGUGGUGGAACCGGUGGGCUCGACGCUCAGCGCCCCGAGAGCUUUCAGUCCCUUCGUCCGAGAACGGAGCAGGUUCACCGGCAGGACAGGUAAGCCUGUCCCCAUCCCUGUUCCGCCGGUGAGGUUCAUCAGCAAGGCCCCGGACAUCGGGGAGGACAGCGAUAAAGACUACGAGGAUGCGGAGCUGAACGAUAAUUUUGUCAGGAAUAACUUGUUGACACCGAACACGGUGGGUCUGGACACGCAGAGGACGCCCAGCUUCAGGCGGCCUGUCCAGCACACCAAAGACUUUGACUCCGGGGACGACAGCAGACUGUCCUCGCAGGAUCAGCGGAGCGCGUCCCGGGGCUCCGGGUGCAGUUCGCCGGAGCGAAGGAGUGAUGGAUACCUGAGCUCUGACCACGAAGACUCCUCUUCAGCAGACUUUAACUACAACACAGAUGGCUAUGAGGGGGAUGCUACGGAAGAUGGCAAGUCCCAGGAUGGCUCUGAGACACUGCCCUAUAUAGAUGAAUCUCCCACCAUGUCACCCCAGCUGUGCGCCUCUCAAGGGCCACCACCAGAGGGCCUCCUGCCUGGGGGAGAAAUAGAGAAAGGGCUAGAGAUGAAGAAACUGGUGCUGUCUGGCUUCCUGACUAGUGAGGAGAUCUACAUUAACCAGCUGGAGGCCCUGCUACUGCCCAUGCGCCCUCUGAAGGCCGCAGCCACCUCGUCCCAGCCCGUCCUGACCAUGCAGCAGAUAGAAACCAUCUUCUACAAAAUCCAGGACAUCUUUGAGAUCCACAAAGAGUUCUACGACACCAUCUUACCCAUCAUACAGCAGUGGGAUGAAAAGGUCACUGUGGGUCACCUAUUCCAGAAGCUGGCCAGUCAGCUGGGAAUCUACAAGGCCUUUUUGGACAACUACAAGACUGCAGUGGAGACGGUGGACAAAUGCAGCCAAGCCAACCUCCAGUUCCAGAACAUAUCCGAGCUCUCCUUUAUAAGCCGAUUGACCGCGUCACCCGUAGCACUCUGGUCCUUCAUGACCUGCUGAAACACACGCCCAAGGACCAUCCCGACUUCCCCCUCCUGCAAGACGCACUGCGGAUUUCUCAGAACUUCCUCAAUUCUAUCAAUGAGGAGAUUGAUCCUCGCAGGACCGCCGUCACGACUCCCAAAGGAGAGGCCCGUCAGCUGGUGAAGGAUGGAUUUCUUGUGGAGGUGUCGGAAAGCUCCAGGAAGCUGCGACACGUCUUUCUCUUCACUGAUCUUCUUCUCUGUGCCAAGAUGAAGAAGACGGCUGUGGGUCGCCAUCAGCAGUAUGAGUGCAAGUGGUACAUCCCUCUGGCGGAUUUGAUGUUCCAAACCCUGGACGACUCAGAUUCUUGUCCAAGCAUCCAAGUCCUGCCAGAACAUGAGAUCGAAGAGAUGAAGAUGAAGAUAUCGGUUUUAAAGAACGAAAUACAAAAAGAGAAGAAAGCACCGAAGGGUCAGAACCGCGUAGAGCGUCUCAGGAAGAAGAUGAACGAGCAGGAGUCCUGGCUGCUUCUGCACUCCCCCACUAUCCCCUUCCGCAUCUACAACAAACACGGAAAGAGCUAUCUCUUCCUCCUCUCUUCUGACUAUGAGAGGUCAGAGUGGAGGGAAAGUGUCCAGAAACUCCAGAAAAAAGAUCUCCAGGGGUGUGUAUUAAGUUCUGUGGAGCUCCAGGUCCUGACCAGCUCUUGUUUCAAACUCCGAACAGUCCACAACAUUCCUGUCACUACUAACAAAGAUGAUGAAGAGACUCCUGGCCUGUACGGCUUCCUGCAUGUGAUCGUCCACUCUGCCAAGGGAUUCAAAGAGUCAGCCAAUUUAUACUGCACGCUUGAAGUGGAUUCGUUUGGGUACUUUGUGAGCAAAGCCAAGACCCGAGUCUUCAGAGACACCACAGAGCCUCAGUGGAACGAAGAGUUUGAGAUUGAGCUGGAGGGAUCCCAGUACCUGCGGAUCCUGUGCUAUGAGAAGUGUUUUGACAAAAGCAUGCUCAAUAAGGACGACAACGAGAUUGUGGACAAGAUCAAGGGGAAAGGACAAGUCCAGCUGGAUCCACAGACGGUUCAGUCCAAGAACUGGCACAUGGACGUCAUAGAGAUGAAUGGGAUCAAAGUUGAGUUCUCGAUGAAGUUUACAAGUCGGGACCUCAGCUUGAAAAGAACGCCGUCCAAAAAGCAGAGCGGGGUGUUUGGAGUCAAAAUCAAUGUGGUUACGAAGCGCGAGCGCUCCAAGGUGCCUUACAUCGUUCGUCAGUGCAUUGAGGAGGUGGAGAAGAGGGGGAUCGAUGAAGUGGGAAUCUAUAGGAUCUCGGGGGUGGCCACUGACAUCCAGGCCCUCAAAUUAGCAUUUGACACAAAUACCAAAGACAUCCUGGUGAUGCUGAGUGACAUGGACAUUAACGCCAUCGCUGGAACACUCAAGCUGUACUUCAGGGAGCUGCCGGAGCCUCUGCUCACCGACCGCCUUUAUCCAGCCUUCAUGGAGGGCAUAGCUCUCUCAGACCCAGCAGCCAAGGAGAACUGUAUGAUGCACCUCCUGCGGUCUCUGCCCGACCCAAACCUCAUGACCUUCCUAACUCUACUGGAGCACCUCAAACGGGUUGCUGAGAAGGAGCCCAUCAACAAGAUGUCCCUCCAUAAUCUGGCCACCGUGUUUGGCCCCACCCUGCUCAGACCCUCAGAGUUGGAGAGCACGAAGGGACAACACAUCACAUCCGCCUCCGACAUCUGGUCACAUGACGUGAUGGCGCAGGUCCAGGUUCUUCUCUAUUAUCUGCAGCAUCCUCCCAUCUCCUUUGCCGAACUCAAACGCAACACGCUGUACUUCUCCACUGAUGUUUAAUCCUCAGCCGUGCCCCCUUAAACCUUCACCCCGACUCUAAACUGGACCCCAGUUACCAGUGCUCCCACCUCGUCUCUCAUUCCAGCUGGCAGCUCGUCUCAACCGCCCCCAGAGACGCCCUCCUUCAUCAAGAUGAGCAGCCUCUCUGGGAGCACGCUGGAAAGUGUUUAAGGGGGCGGCGGGAGUCCAGUAGCCACAGCCUGGUGCGAUGGCUCAGGACACGCUGUCUAGCAAGCCUCGUUUGAGUCACAAAUGCAUCGACUCCAAGUCCAACUUUUGUUUCCUGCUCAGAGGCAUUCCAGAAAAAUGGCAUUUACAUGUUUAAUAAUGAUGUCCACCAUCUGUUUAUGUUUUGUUUGUUUGAGUUUUUGGGCUUUGUGUGUGUGGUGGAGAAGGUCAGUAAGACAGUGUGGAUGUAUUUGAUCAAGUGUGUGUCUUUAAGGGACUAAAAUAAGCUUGUCAUCCUGAGAAAAGGCAAGGAUUGCAUCUCUCCCUGUGGUGGGACGAGAGUGGACAGUCCUCCUCACCGAGUCUCGGCCAAAUUAGCCCUAUUUAUUUCAAAUAUAAAUAUAUAAUGUGUCUGCCUGUACAGUUUUGUGCAACUUAGAAAGUGCUCUGAGGAGUUUUUAUUUUUAUUUUUUGAAGUUUAGAUGUUUUAGUCUGAUUUUCUUAUUUGCCAUGCUUGAUUGGUAAGCUGUGCUGCAAUGAUCACGAAUAAGUCCGUCAGUUACUUUCAGAUCACUUUAUAGACGUGUGAGGGCACUCGGGGACUUGUGGGGACACGAUGAACAACUAGCUUUCUUUUUCUUCUUGCAUUUCACGCCUGUUCCAAGUGUUACUGCACCAGUUCUAUCUGUAGGAUAACUUCUUUUUUCAACUUGCCCUCAUUGCAUGUUCAGCUUGUUGAUAAAUCCAGGUCAGAGUUAGGUUGUUUAUGCAACGGCCUCGCUAAUGCACAACGGGGGGGGGGGACAGAAGAAAAUCUGCUCAGUUCAAAGCUAACCUUCCUGCUAUCAAGCCUGCAACAUAUCUCAAGAAACUGCAAGCACUGCUAGAUGAUUUGAUAUUUUUAAUAUAAGAAUAAAACUGUUGUAUUUUACUUCCUUUGAGAAAAGUUUCAAUAUGCUGUAAUAUGGAGACUAAAUGUUAAUGUGGACUUUUUCUCCUUUUUUUUUUUUUGUAAAAUA